AUGGAUUCCCUCGUAACUAUCGUCGGUGCCACAGGCACUGGCAAAUCCAAGCUUGCAGUCGAUCUGGCCUGUCGCUUCAACGGCGAAAUUAUCAACGGGGACGCAAUGCAGAUGUAUCGUGGCCUUCCUAUUAUCACGAACCAAAUCCCAAUCGAGGAACGGAAUGGUGUCCCGCACCACCUGAUCAGCUGUAUUGAGUUGGAGGAGGAGCCUUGGCGUGUCGGGUUGUUUAAGAAUGAAUGCCUCCGACUUAUCAAGGACGUACAUGCGAGAGGGAAGCUUCCGAUACUUGUUGGAGGCACCCAUUAUUAUACACAAGCCGUCCUAUUCAAGGAUCAACUAGUUGGAGAAUUGGCUGUUGAUCAGGAGGAUGGGCAAUCCAAUGGGGAGACAAAAGACCCAUCCACCAAAUGGCCCAUUCUCGAUGCGUCGCCUGACGCGGUUUUGCAGAAAUUAAGAGAGGUUGAUCCAGUUAUGGCUGAGCGGUGGCAUCCAAAUGAGACGCGGAAGAUUCGUCGCUCCCUAGAAAUUUAUUUUCAGACGGGGAAGCCGGCGUCAGAGGUCUACGCUGCACAAAAGCGUGCAAAGCAAUCCCCAGGAUCUGAUGGCAAUUCCGUAGGCGCCGCACAACAGCUACGUUUUCAGACGGUGAUUCUCUGGGUCCAUUCGGAUAAGGAGACCCUGAAUACUCGCCUCGACAAGCGCGUAGAUGCUAUGAUCGCAGACGGACUGAUGUCGGAGGCACAGCAAAUGACUAACUAUCUUCAGGAGAAGAAGAUGCAGGGCGUUCCUGUUAACCACACUCGGGGCGUUUGGAUUUCUAUAGGGUUCAAAGAAUUGGCGCCUUAUUUCGAAGCAUUGUACAGCAAUUCAUUAAAUGAAAACGAACUGGAAGCUCUAAAGAGAUCAUGCAUUGAACAAGUUAAAAUUGCAACCCGGCAAUACUCGGUGUCUCAGAUUAAAUGGGUUCGAAACAAGCUCUGGGGGGCCCUUGCGGAGGCUGGUAUGACGCAUCGUCUUUUCCUUUUGGAUAGUACCAACGUCGACCACUGGGUGAAUUGCAUUACCGAGCCUUCGGAGCUCCUUGUUCAUUCCCUGCUCAGAAACGAACCCACUCCUGACCCCAAGUCUCUGUCGGACCUGGCGAGAAACAUUCUGGGUGCCAAGGAGGCACAAUCGCCAAGGUCUGGGCCAAGGUGUAUUACAUGCGAUAUUUGCAAAAAGACCAUGAUUAACCAGGAGCAGUGGGAAAUCCACAUUAAAGGACAGGUCCAUCGAAGAAUUCUCAAAUCGGCGGCACAGAAGGCGCAUCGGGAUGAAUACCUGCGGAAACAGCAAAAUGCUUUGGAGAAGAAUAUAGAUCACCGGGGAAUAGACGGGUGA